GGGCUACAGGAGGGCCAUUAGACAUCAGCUCGGGGGCAGCGUGUGGGACUGUGGGAUGAUCAGUCCCGCUAAUGUGAAGUCGCUGCGAUCCCUGCAGUCGCCUCCUCCUCCCUCCCCGCAGCCCCGGGAGUCGCUCCAGCACAUGAGGAGAAGCGUCAGGCCCUGGCACCAGUCUCUGCUCGUUAGCGCUCUCCCUAUUUAUACUUGUGAGCUGCACCCGGGGUCGGAGGAAAUGCCAGGCCCAUCUGCAGUCUUGGCACCCGCCUCAUUUAUCCCAAGGACCUGAGCGCAGGGUGAAAGGGCUGCCGGGGACAUGAGACUCACUCAGACAUGGGACAAGUAUUCGGCUUAAAGUCCAAGAGAUCUUUCCCUAUGACUGAGAAGGACAAGGAUGUCUGGCAGGAGGACCCCGCGGAAUACUGUCCAGGUGGUUACCACCCAGUGCAAUCUGGAGAUAUGCUGAACAGAAGAUACCAAGCCAUUCACAAGGUGGGAUGGGGCUACUUCUCUACUGUUUGGCUGUGUCACGAUUUACAAAAAAAGAAGAAGGUGGCAGUGAAAAUUUCCAAAAGUGGACGAAGGUUCAGCGAAGCGGCCCUGGAUGAAAUCUCUAUUCUUAAUUGUGUAAAUGGUGCACGGAAGAAAGAGUCUCAAGGGGAGAAUGUCAUCCAGCUUUUAGAUGACUUUAAAUUGAUCGGAGAAAACGGCCUCCAUGUGUGUCUGGUAUUUGAAUUGCUGGGACCAUCUCUCCUGCAUUUAAUGAGGAAUCACGGCCCGGAAGGCCUGCCUCUAACGUGUGUGCGUAGGGUUCUCCAGCAGGUGCUGCAAGGCCUUAACUUUCUUCACAAGAGGUGCCGCAUUAUCCAUACAGACAUCAAACCAGAAAACAUCCUUGUGUGUGUGAAGGCGGACAAUCUGCAGCAGUGCAUGGCUGAAGCUGCUAUCUGGAGUGAGAAUAAAGCUGGUGACCGUACGGAGCAUGGUGUUGAUGUGAACUUCCUAACUCACCUGUUUGAGACUGGAAAUUCCGACAUGCUGGGAGUGAAAAUCGCAGACCUGGGCAGCAGUUGCUGGACUUAUAAAGCCUUUUCUGAGGAAAUCCAAACCCAACAGUACAGGGCACCGGAGGUUCUUUUGGGCUCAACCUAUAGCACUUCUGUGGAUAUAUGGAGCACAGCCUGCAUGGCAUUUGAAAUGGCCACGUCAUACUAUCUGUUUGAGCCCCACGCUGGAAAAACCUUCACCAGAGAGGAUGAUCACAUUGCCUGUAUAAUGGAACUGCUGGGGCGCAUCCCACCCAAAGUUAUUUCUUCUGGGAGAAAAUCACCUGCGUUCUUCAAUAAACAAGGGGAUCUGCUCCGUAUCCCUCAGCUGUACCCCUGUGGGCUUUACGACACCCUCGUGAGAGGGCACAGAUGGCAGAAGAAUGAGGCCCUUACAUUUGCCAGCUUUCUCCUGCCCAUGCUGGAAUAUGUCUGUGAAAAACGGGCAACCGCUGAAACGUGUCUUCAACACCCGUGGCUCCAGUGCUGAGAGCGAGAGAGACUGUAUUUCUCUGCACAUCAUAGGUUAUUUUUUUAUAUGAAUCACUCCUUACCUUGGAAGUGGAUCUCUCUGCCAGAAUGUCAUUUGCUUUAAUGCACCACGUGAGUGCCAGGAUGGUGCCCUCCCAGCAUGCUUAGCAGCCCCGCUAUCAGUGAUUAGGUGAAAUGCAGAAAGGACAUCAGAAUUGUAGAAGACAAGGCAUAUAAUGAAUUUCCCCAGGGUGCAUUGCUGCUAAUCAUCAAAUCAUUGUACCUUGCAGGUCACAUGGGAAUUAGAAUUUGUAAUAUAGGGGUUUUCUCCUGUAUAUUCUCCACUUGGUUAAACUUGAUGAAACUUUUUCAGCCUUGUCCACUAUGUUGUUGUAAAUACAUUCUUGUAACCAACAGAACCCUAUUUUCCAUGAAAUAACAAUAAAGCAUCAUCUCACCGCUUA